AUGGAAAAGCUACAGGAAUUAACUCUUUCUGGCAAUGCCUUAGAACGUUCAAUUCCAAACUCACUUUACCAAUUGGUCCACAUGGGUAAUCUUUAUUUGGACAAUAAUGCACUAAGUGGGCCAAUCUCAACCUCUAUAAACAAUCUGACGAAUCUACAGAUGUUGUACUUAAAUUCAAACAGUUUCUCAUCAGCACUUCCUCCUGCCCUUUGUGAGUUGAAGGAUUUGAUAUGGCUUUACUUGCAAGACAACUCUUUCACUGUUCUCCUGCCUUUAGAUGUGGGAAAUUUGGUUGCAGUGGACAAAAUGGAUAUCUCUGUAAACCAGUUGAGCGGAGAGCUGCCUGUGUCCUUAUCAGAGCUCCAAAGUCUAGAGUAUUUGAAUCUCUCCAAAAAUUCAGUUAAUGGCAACAUUCACGGAAACAUUGAUGUUAUGGUAAAUAUUAAAAUUAUUGACCUUUCCUACAAUAACCUUUGCGGUGGGAUUCCAAAAUCAUUGGAAAAUCUUCAACAACCCCAAGUCUUGGAUUUAUCCUUCAACCGAUUGGAACGAGCGAUUGCAAGUGGUGGAAAUUUCACAAACCUUUCCAUAGAUUCAUUUGUAGGAAAUUAUGCACUAUGUGGAGCACCCAAGUUCCAUGUGCCAGUAUGUUCAGAUGGAGUGAAGAAGCACAACAUUGUCAACAUGAUCAAAGUUGAUAUUUUUUUAGCAAGUGGGGGCUUUAUGCUUCUACUGAUUGUAUGGAUACUCAUUUUUGUUGAAAAAUAUAGAAAGAGCGGGUUGGAGAGACAUUAUCAUGAGGUUGAAAGAUUUCAUGGAAUUGUCCUCCCAGUGAUCACUUACAGAAUGUUUUCUCAAGCGACAAUCAACUUCAGCGAUGCAAAUUUUAUGGGCACUGGAAGCUUUGGUUCAGUAAGAAAGCCUACUGAUGAAAGUUUUAAUGGGGACUUUACUUUGAGGCAGUGGGUGGCUGAAGUGUUUCCGCUUCCAAUUUCAGAUGUCAUCAAUGGUCAUCUUCUGAAGCAAAAUAGCAGUGAAACAGUUUCAGAUCAUGCUGCCGAAGGACAUCUUCUGAAGCAAAAUAACAGUGGAACUGUUCUAAAUGAGCUGCUUGUCAUGAUCAUGGAGACGGGGUUGUCAUGUUCAAGGAAAGCACCAACUGAGAGAAUGGGCAUGAAGGCGGUGGUCGCUAGGCUUAAAACGAUACAACGGAAGGCUUCCCCUUUGAAAGAAUGA